AUGCAGCGCCUGUGUGAUAAAUGCUCAGUACUCGAAUUUGCUUGGAGCAUAUUUCGCGUAUGGUACUCCACCUCUUUGUAUCCCACAUUCACAUUGACGUCUGAUACUCGAAGAAACAACGGCUACGUCGUUUACCCUGCAUACUCCGUCCUGUCAUCUCAUGUCGACGGGGAAGUCUGUACAACCACCUCGGUAGGACCAAUAACUCUGCCGACUCCGUACACGGCGACCUUUGACGUUGGACAAGACCAACACAGUGCGAUAGCGUCUGGACACUCUGCCUUAGUGGCAUCACUUACUUCCAAUUAUCAUAAUAUUAGCAGAAAUCCGCCGUGUACGCCUGGAAAACUUCAGGCGGUAGGGAAGAAUUAUCUUCCAUCACUAGCCGUGACCAUCGCAACCACUGUUCCUCUGGGAGUAAUUUUCUUGAUUAGCAUAGGCAUCUAUCUUGGUCGGAAAGCCCUCUCAAAGGAAGCACUCUCGCGCCGCAGGUCAAGACUCUUAAGCAGUGACAAGGCCUUCUUGUCACAUAAACCUGAGCUUGCUGGAGACAGCAGCUGGCAGGAAAUCGGUGGUACUCCAAUACAGAAGCCUGAAUUGGCCGGAGACGAUAGCAAUGUGGUGGAGAUAGCAGCGAGUGAACGAAGAGCCGAGCUCAUUGCGGACAUUGACACGCACGAAAUGGCGGCAGCAGACCUUGGAAGUGAAAAACAAUCGCCCCAGAGAGUACAUCUGGCGUCAGAAAGUCGGGGCGCCUCUGCACUUGGAGAGUUGGGGGCCGGAGAAACCGCAAAGGAAUUGCCAGCGCGAUCCCCGUAG